AACCGCCGGGCCCCAGCUGUUUAGGGGCGGAGCGGCCCGCCCCUCGGAGACCGUAGCGGUAGAGGAGGCGGGACAGGUGAGUCCCUCGCCGCCCGACUGUGUCCCCAGGCACUGCCACUUGCUGUAAGCAAUCCCGCCCGAGCUGCCGCGCUAGAACAGGGCAGAGCUACCUCCUGCUUCUCCAAGGCGAUGACGGUUAUCUCCGGCGGGAGCUGCGGCGGGAUUCUGACCAGGCCUUCGGCUGCCAAGGGUUGGCUGGAGAUGGGAGGAGGACGCUUAGGCUGCACUGAGGUUAAGGAACCAGAUCACUAGGGUGCACCAUCUCGAGUCCAGCCUGGAAGCUCAGGGAUCCCCGCACUGAGCCAACAUGACUUCCACCCUAGAUACCUGCUGCAUCGAGGAUUUUAAAGUUGGAAAUCUCCUUGGUAAAGGAUCAUUUGCUGGUGUCUACAGAGCUGAGUCCAUUCACACUGGUUUGGAAGUUGCAAUCAAAAUGAUAGAUAAGAAAGCCAUGUACAAAGCAGGAAUGGUACAGAGAGUCCAAAAUGAGGUGAAAAUACAUUGCCAAUUGAAACAUCCUUCUAUCUUGGAGCUUUAUAACUAUUUUGAAGAUAGCAAUUAUGUGUAUCUGGUAUUAGAAAUGUGCCAUAAUGGAGAAAUGAACAGGUAUCUAAAGAACAGAGUGAAACCCUUCUCAGAAAAUGAAGCUCGACACUUCAUGCACCAGAUCAUCACAGGGAUGUUGUAUCUUCAUUCUCAUGGUAUACUACACCGGGACCUCACACUUUCUAACCUCUUACUUACUCGUAAUAUGAACAUCAAGAUUGCUGAUUUUGGGCUGGCAACUCAGUUGAAAAUGCCACAUGAAAAGCACUAUACACUAUGUGGAACUCCUAACUACAUUUCACCAGAAAUUGCAACUCGAAGUGCACAUGGCCUUGAAUCUGAUGUUUGGUCCCUGGGCUGUAUGUUUUAUACAUUACUUAUCGGGAGACCACCCUUUGACACUGACACAGUCAAGAACACAUUAAAUAAAGUAGUAUUGGCAGAUUAUGAAAUGCCAACUUUUUUGUCAAUAGAGGCCAAGGACCUUAUUCACCAAUUACUUCGUAGAAAUCCAGCAGAUCGUUUAAGUCUGUCUUCAGUAUUGGACCAUCCUUUUAUGUCCCGAAAUUCUUCAACAAAAACUAAAGAUUUAGGAACUGUGGAAGACUCAAUCGAUAGUGGGCAUGCCACAAUUUCUACUGCAAUUACAGCUUCUUCCAGUACCAGUAUAAGUGGUAGUUUAUUUGACAAAAGAAGACUUUUGAUUGGUCAGCCCCUCCCAAAUAAAAUGACUGUAUUUCCAAAGAAUAAAAGUUCAAGUGAUUUUUCUUCUUCAGGAAAUGGAAGCAGUUUUUCUACUCAGUGGGGAAAUCAAGAAACCAGUUAUAGUGGAAGGGGAAGAGUAUUUCAAAAUGCAGAAGAAAGACCACAUUCUCGAUACCUUCGUAGAGCUCAUUCCUCUGAUAGAUCUGGCACUUCUAAUAGUCAAUCUCGAGCAAAAACAUAUACAAUGGAACGAUGUCACUCAGCAGAAAUGCUUUCAAAGUCCAAAAGAUCAGGAGGAGGUGAAAAUGAAGAGAGAUACUCGCCCACAAACAACAAUGCCAACAUCUUUAACUUCUUUAAAGAGAAGACAUCCAACAGUUCUGGAUCUUUUGAAAAACCUGAUAACAAUCAAGCACUCUCCAAUCAUCUUUGCCCAGGAAAAACUCCUCUUCCAUUUGCAGACCUGACACCUCAGACUGAAACAGUACAACAGUGGUUUGGGAAUCUGCAAAUAAAUGCUCAUUUAAGAAAAACUACUGAAUAUGACAGCAUCAGCUCAAACCAGGAUUUCCAGGACCAUCCAGAUUUGCAGAAGGACACAUCAAAAAAUGCCUGGACUAAUAUAAAAGUCAAAAAGAGCUCUGAUGCUUCUGAUAAUGCACAUUCUGUAAAUCAGCCAAAUACCAUGAAAUACAUGAUGGCACUUCACAGUAAACCUGGGAUAAUCCAACAAGAAUGUGUUUUUGCCUUAGAUCCUCUUUCUGAACAGAGUAAGACUAGGGAUAUGGAGCCACCAUUGGGUUAUCAGAAUCGUACAUUAAGAAGCAUUACAUCUCCAUUGAUUGCUCACAGAUUAAAACCAAUCAGACAGAAAACCAAAAAGGCCGUGGUGAGCAUACUUGAUUCAGAGGAGGUGUGUGUGGAGCUUCUAAAGGAGUAUGCAUCUCAAGAAUAUGUGAAAGAAGUUCUUCAGAUAUCUAGUGAUGGAAAUACGAUCACUAUUUAUUAUCCAAAUGAUGGAAGAGAUUUUCCUCUUGCUGAUAGACCUCCCUCACCUACUGACAACAUCAGUAGGUACAGCUUUGACAAUUUACCAGAAAAAUACUGGCGAAAAUAUCAAUAUGCUUCCAGGUUUGUACAGCUUGUAAGAUCUAAAUCUCCCAAAAUCACUUAUUUUACAAGAUACGCUAAAUGCAUUUUGAUGGAGAAUUCUCCUGGUGCUGAUUUCGAGGUUUGGUUUUAUGAUGGGGCAAAAAUACACAAAACAAAAGAUUUCAUUCAGGUGAUUGAAAAGACAGGGAAGUCUUAUACUUUAAAAAGUGAAAGUGAAGUUAAUAGCUUGAAAGAAGAGAUGAAAAUGUAUAUGGACCAUGCUAACGAGGGUCAUCGUAUUUGUUUAGCACUGGAAUCCAUAAUUUCAGAAGAGGAAAGGAAAACUAGGAGUGCUCCCUUUUUCCCAAUAAUCAUAGGAAGAAAACCUGGUAGUACUAGUUCACCUAAGGCCUUAUCACCUCCUCCUUCUGUGGAUUCAAAUUACCCAUCGAGAGAUGGAGCAUCUUUCAAUAGAAUGGCCAUGAAUAGUGCUGCUUCUCCAUCGCAGGCACCAAUGCUUAAUCCCUCUAUGAUUACAAAUGAAGGACUUGCUCUUAUAGCUACAGCUUCUGGAACAGACAUCUCUUCUAAUAGUCUAAAAGAUUGUCUACCUAAAUCAGCACAACUUUUGAAAUCUGUUUUUGUGAAAAAUGUUGGUUGGGCUACACAGUUAACUAGCGGAGCUGUGUGGGUUCAGUUUAAUGAUGGGUCCCAGUUGGUUGUGCAGGCAGGAGUGUCUUCUAUCAAUUAUACCUCACCAAAUGGUCAAACAACUAGGUAUGGAGAAAAUGAAAAAUUACCAGAAUACAUCAAACAGAAAUUACAGUGUUUGUCUUCCAUCCUUUUGAUGUUUUCUAAUUCAACUCCUAAUUUUCAUUGAUCAAAACUCCUUUCAGACAUAUAAGUUUAAUAAAUAACUUUUUUGUUGGCUUUCAAGUAAAGUGAUUUUUUUAAAUUUAACUUCUUCAGAAAGCCUUUCUAUGAAAUAAUUUUAACCUAUACUGUAAAGGAUGUAUUCUGAGAGAACAAAGCAGAAUGAAACUUGAGUCACUUACUAAAUAGAGUGGAUAUAAAAUAGUAUACCUGACUUUGCUCUUAGAUCAUAACCCCCAAACUUAUUAUGUUCAUGUAUUUGUAUUCAACAAUCUUUUAAAAGCAAAAAUAUAAAUGAUAUGUGGUAUAUUUCUGCUUUUAUUGUUUUCCCUAUGUCUCAGACAUGUUGAGAAUCAUGGACAAAACCUGCUGAAAUUUGGGAAUUUUUGAACAUGUAAAUAAUGUGUAUUUAUGUUAUAAGUAACAUAUGUAAACAUGUAUAUUUGUUUUAUAUUUAUUUUUGUAGCACCCGUGUCUGACGAAACAUUUUUGCAAAUGCAUUUUAUAAAAAAAAUAAAUACAGUGAUAAGUUA